CAAAUACGAGAAGAGGCUCCAGCGCGCAUCGCUCACGGUUGCGCACAGAGGAGACGUAGCUGCGACACCAGCGAGGCGAAGACGCGACUCUGUGGUCGAGAGGAUGCAGUGAAGCAGCCUCCAGCGAGAGCUCAGCUCGGAUUCUAACGCACAGUGAUACCCGUCGAAAUGAGCGUGAUCCCGGCCGGGCACGACGGCAGGAUGGAGGGCGGCAGAGGCAGCCGGGCCGACAGCGGCAGCGGCGGCGGCUCCCCGAGGCUCCAGCCGUGCGCGCAGCCUCCCAGCAGCAGCAGCGGCAGUAGCAGCAGCAGCAGCCGGACUAAAGAUGCCAGACACCAGCAGCAGCAGCUCCAGCAGAGGCAUCAUGGUGGCUCGAUGUGGAAGCAGCCGUCUCACAACGAGCCCUCGGACGUCGUGAGGCGCGCGCUGGACUUCAAGUGCCAGGGCACCCAGUGCUACAAGGAUAAGAAGUACCGGGAGGCGAUCGGCAAGUACCACCGCGCUCUGCUGGAGAUCAAGGGGCUGUGCAGGGUGCUGGGAGACCCGGACACCGGCUCCAAGCCGCCGUCCCCCCUCCUGCCGACCUUCAGCAAGUCCAGCACCCUCACGGACGAGCAGAAGGGGGCCAUGGAGAACGCCGAGCUGGAGUGCUACAACAGCCUGGCAGCCUGUCUUUUGCAAAUGGAGCUGGUGAACUACGAGCGAGUGAAAGAAUACUGUUUGAAAGUGCUUUACAAGGAAGGGAAGAACUUCAAGGCUCUCUACCGCUCCGGAGUGGCCUACUACCACCUGGGAGACUUCCAGAAGGCCCUGUACUACCUGAAGGAGUCACACAAACAGGAGCCAUCAGACACCAAUGCCAUCCGCUACAUCCAGCUGACAGAGAUGAAGAUUCGCCGGAGCGCCCAAAGGGAAAAGAAAGAGGCCACAUAAGCACUCGGUGUCUGAUGGCUUCUCGGCCAUCGUGCAUUUAAAGCCCGACUGUGUUGCUUUUGCUUUGCACAACAUCCGGUUGCCAGCUUUGUGAUUGAACUUCACCAAUGUGUGCUUGAAGCAUUUAAAAAAACAAAAAAAAUUGUACCAGAUAUUGAGUUUUUGUCUCGACACCAUCAAACUACGGUGGCCGAGAGAGCUCAACACACUGCGGAUUAAUAAAACACAUGCAAAUAGAAACAAGACUUGCAAAUCAAGAGUGCAAAUACAGAAACGCCCUGCAAAUAGCGAGAGUGACACUGGAAACAUUUCCAAGGAACCCUUAAAAUGUUAAAAAUGUAUUGAAGUCUUUUCUGGUUUUUCUUAAUUUGCAUGUGUUGUUUCUAUUUGCCUUUUUAAUCUGCAGUGUGUUGAACUCUCUCGUCCACAGCACCGAAUGGAUCUAGAAUGAAUCCAUCGGGAUUAUGUUUUAACCAUUACAAACUGAUGCACUGCCAGUCCAAACAUUGCACAUACAGGCCAACACUUGUGAUACAGACAGGAGCAACACGGCCUAUAGGGGGGUGGGGGGUGGGGGAUCCAGCAGGUCUGUGGGCGAGAACUGUAAAUUAGCACCUGCCCUCGCACAAGAUGUCUUUCGAAUGGCACAGAGUUAGUGAGCAACAACCACUUCCGCCUCUGUCAACGUACUUUGAUUUUGAAAAUAUUAUAAAGAUCAAGAUUCCUUUUGAUACUUAGAAUAUAUCUUAACAAAUGGUGCUUUCACAAAGUAGGGUUUUAACAUGAAAUGCGAUGGUUCAGACAUCAGGAGCACACGGUUGCUAAUUGCAGUACAAGCUUAAAGAGACAUAUCACAAAAUGUAAAUAGGCUACUUGACAGAGAUCACAAGAAAGUGUUAUGGAGGGGUCAGCUAGUUGUGUUUAUUAACGCCAAAACAAAGCACUUCAUUCACAGCAUUUACUGUACCAACAAAUACUGUAUGUUUACUGUAAAGGUAUGUGUGUAAUAAAUGUGUUUAUUGAUUGAU